GACACCUCCGCGCCUGUUGAUAGAAAGCAAGGGCGCGGGGCGCAGGGCCUGCGGUCGGGUCCCCGGGCUCGGGCCUCAGGCGCGCGCAGGAACCCCGCAGCGGGCGCGGCCGGCGGAGCUGCAGCGUCGGGGGCGGGUCUCGGCCCCGCGGCCGCAGCGCCCCUCUCGUCCCGGCGCGGGCGGGGUCCAGCGGUCCCGGGUGUGCGCGCUGCGGGCGGGGCCUCGGCGGGAGGAGGGGCCGGGGCGGGGCGGGGACGCGGGGGCGCGCGCGGCGGGAGGAGGGCGGUGUCCGGGGCGGCCCCUCCCGCAGCCCCCCAGGCUUUCCCGCAGCGUCGGCGCCGCAGAUGGCCGAGGUGCCGGAGCCCGAGCCGGGGGCGGCCGAGGGCUGCGCGGCCGGAGCCGUGGAGACGCCGGGCUGGACGGCGCCCCGGGGCGCGGGCCCCCAGGCUCGUUGCCCGGGUUUUCCGUGUCCCGUUCAGCCCGGGAGCUACGAGACCCGGCACUACGGACCGGCCCGCUGGGUCAGCACUCGCGUGGAGUCCGCGGACUGGGACUCCGCCGUCCAGACGGGCUUCGCCAGGCUGAACAGCUACGUUCAAGGCAAAAACGAGACAGAGAAGAAAAUAAAGAUGACAGCUCCGGUGACGACCUGCGUGGAGCCCGGGGCGGAUCCCUUUAGCCAGCCUACCAUCACCGUCUCCCUGUAUGUACCCUCCGACCAGCAACCUGAUCCGCCCAGGCCCUCAGAGGCAGACGUCUUCAUUGAAGACAGAGCCGGGAUGACCGUGUUUGUGCGGUCUUUCGAGGGAUUCUCUAGUGCCCAGAAGAACCGAGAACAACUCCUGACAUUGGCAAGCAUUUUGAGGGAAGAAGGAAAAGUUUUCGAUGAGAAGGUUUACUACACUGCAGGCUACAGCAGUCCUUUCAAAUUGCUUAACAGAAACAACGAAGUGUGGUUGAUUCAGAAAAAUGAACCCUCCGAAGAAAAGGAAUGAGAAACAGAGGAUGCUCCGUUGCCAGGGGCAGCGCUUCUGUGCGUAGACGUCGCACCACCUGCAAUAACCCACGUCUGCCGUCUCCGCUGAGUGUCCCCCUCUGAACUGAGCUUGUUCCCAAGGUGCCUUCUCAAUGCUUGCACUCCAUCUAGACACACAGGUCAGCUAGAGGGGCAGCAUCCCAGACCCUCGAGUGGGUCACAGCUCGAGCGCGUUACCUCCUCGAGGCUCUGGGGAGAUGUUGGGUCACCCCCUUCUUCUCUGUAUCACAGUCACGGUGCCUUUCUCUGCUUGGAUUCGUGUCAGUUGGAGGUCAUCCCCUCCAGACAUUAGCAAUAAAAAUGUUAAAGCUAUAUCCCUUGUGGAACCACUGGGCUGUCGGCCUGGAGAGGUGGUGUGCAGUUGGACACGAAAGUCAGAUUGUCUGUUGAGUCCUUGUCCUCGUCAGCCUGCUGCCCGCACCACCCAAGAAAAUUCUCACAGUACCCAAAAGUGUCAAUAGUAUUUCUGACAAAGAAUAAACUUAUGAAGUUAGUGACUUCC